AUGGCCACAGAAUUUUGGUGUAGUUUUGGCAAUGAAGCAUCCUCCAAAAAAAGAGAGGAUUAUUUGGAAUGGCCUGAAUAUUUUAUGGCAGUGGCUUUUUUGUCAGCACAAAGAAGCAAGGAUCCAAGUUCUCAGGUUGGUGCCUGCAUUGUAAAUUCGGAAAAUAAGAUUGUUGGAAUUGGAUACAAUGGGAUGCCUAAUGGCUGCAGCGAUGAUGUACUACCCUGGGCAAGAACAGCAGCACAUAAACUAGACACAAAAUACCCUUAUGUGUGCCAUGCCGAAUUGAAUGCCAUCAUGAACAAAAACUCUGCUGAUGUGAAAGGCUGCAGCAUGUAUGUUGCUUUAUUUCCAUGUAAUGAAUGUGCAAAGCUCAUCAUCCAGGCAGGCAUAAAGGAAGUUAUUUUUAUGUCUGACAAGUAUCAUGACACUAUGGAAAUGAAAGCUGCACGCCGUAUGUUUGAUUUAGCAGGUAUUACAUAUAGGGAAUUCAAGCCAAAGUGUAACAAGAUCAUCAUCGACUUUGAUUCAAUUAACAACAGACCAAGUCAAAAGCUUCUGUGAAUUAAGUCUCAUUAAGUCUCUAGAAGAGUGUGAUUAUCUUUUUCUAAAAAGCUGCUAAUGCCUUUCAUCUUGACAUUACUUGCAACUUUUUAAUGGCUUCUGUAGCUGAAGUAGACUUCUAAGAAAUCCAAGGCAUAAAAUGUCCCACUCACUUCAUCUUGUCAUGUGGAAUCUAAAUCUACUUAAAAAUUGUAAUGCCUUUAUUAAAACUGCUUACAAAGUCUAGAGACAUGUAAAUGAGACAAUAUAAUGUAUGU